AUGUCAGAAUCCCAGUGUUCCCCUCCCCCCCUUCUCCCCUCGGUUGCCUCUGCUGCCGCUGUCGACUUCCUUGGUGCUGAGGAAGUCGGGGCUGCGUCUGCUCCUAGCUGGAGGCGCAAGGGCGGCAAGGGCAAGGGGGGCAAGGGUGGUGGUGGUGCUAGAGGGGGGGGUGGAGGUGGAGGUGGAGGUGGCGGCGGUGGGGGCGGUGGGGGUGGUGGCGGUGGUGGGGGUGGUGGCGGGGCUGGGGGGGUGGGUGGCAGCGGCGGGGGUGGUGGCGGCAGUGGUGGUGGAGGAGGCCGGGGUGGAGGUGGUGGUGGUGGAGGCAGUGGGCGUGGGGGUGGCAGCUCGGGUGGUGGUCGGGGUGGACUGGCGCAGCGUGGAGGCUCGGGUGGUGUCCAGCGCCAGCAGCAGCGUCUUGGAGAGACCCCGUCGUCCCAGCAGCUUCGUGAGUGGUACUCUCAGCAUGGGGGGUCUGGGGGCGGGGGUACCUGCACGUAUGUCAUCCGCACAGGUGACCGCGCUGGUCAGACGUGUGGGAGGUUCCACACGCCACAGCGCUGCUUCUUCCAUCUCGACGACGCCUGGCGUGCACAGUUCCCUGAGGCCUCUGAGCUGCCCCGCUGGGCUGAUCUGCUUAAAAAGAACAUUGAUGUCUUUGCACUUGACUUUGAUGUUAUCCUAGGAGCCAUGUAUGCAUUGACUAUUAGUGUUGAGGGUGACUGUUACUUGUGUGUGCCACCAGACCCAGGCAUUGCGACCAGUGAGGCUGCCGCUCUAGGUGCCAGUGUGUCUGCUGCCCCACGUCCUAAAGAGGCUGCUGCUCUAGGUGCAGGUGUGUCUGCUGCGUCAGGUACUUGUGAGUCUGCGCUUUCAGGUACUGCGUCUACUGAGGCACUGCACACCUUCACACUGGACUCUGGUGCUUCUCGCUGUUUCUUUCGCGACCGCACUGCCCUAGAGCAGCUCCCUAGGCCGGUUGCUGUCUCCCUGGCUGACCCCAUCCGGGGGUCCGGUCCUUGCGACCUCCACCACUGCCCUCCCUUGUCCUGCUGUCCCGUCCGGCACCCAGUCGGGCCUUUACCUCCCCUCGUUCUCUACGAACUUGGUGGCGGGUUCCGCGCUCCAGGAUGCGGAUCACUGCCUCCCCUGCCACCGUCCCCUGCCCCUCCCUGCCUUCCCUGUGUCGAGGGGCGGCAGCGUGCCACCCCUCACUCCUCUGAGUUUCCCCCGACGGAGGCCCCUCUACAGACCCUGCACAUGGACGUAUGGGGCCCAGCCUGCGUCCGUGGACAGGGAGGAGAGCGCUACUUCCUGCUGGUAGUUGACGACUACACGCGUUACACCACGGUCUUCCCCUUGCGCACCAAGGGAGAGGUCCCUGCUGUUUUGAUCCCUUGGAUCCGCGCUACCCGUCUCCAGCUGGAGAGGCGCCUUCGCACGGACCUUCCCGUCCUGCGACUCCACUCUGACAGAGGUGGUGAGUUUUCCUCCGGUCUCUUGGAGACCUUCUUCGCUCGUACCUCCUUGGUCCAUGCGGCUGCCCCCCAUUUUCUGUGGCCGUUUGCGGUCCGCUACGCCGCGCAUCAGCUCAACCUCUGGCCCCGUGUCUCCGUUCCGGAGACCUCACCGACGCUGCGUUGGACGGGAGAGGUUGGCGAUGCGUCUGUGUUCCGGGUGUGGGGAUCUCGUGCCUUUGUCCGCGAUACGUCCGCGGCCAAGCUCUCCGCCCGCGCUGCUCCCUGUGUCUUCCUUGGCUUUGUCCCUGACGCGCCUGGCUGGCAGUUUUACCACCCCACCUCGCACCGGGUCUUCGCCUCUCAGGACGUCACUUUUGACGAGUCGGUCCCGUUCUACCGUCUCUUCCCCUACCGCACUGCCCCGCUCCCCCCCCCGCCGCUCUUCCUCACGCCAGGUGCUGCUUUGGUAGACCCCCUGCCUCCCCAGGGUCCUGCUCCCUCAGGUGUUUCCCAGGUAGACCCGGUCGAGCCUGUCGAGGUAGCUGUCGACUCUGGUCCUCCGCGAGGUACUGAGCGUGCUGAGCCUGAGCGUGCUGAGCCUGGUGGUGCUGGGUCUGGGGGUACUGAGACUGGGGGUGCUGAGCCUGGGGGUGCGGAGACUGCGGGUGCUGAGCCUGGGGGUGCGGAGACUGCGGGUGCUGAGCCUGGGGGUGCAGAGACUGCGGGUGCUGAGCCUGGGGGUGCAGAGACUGCGGGUGCUGAGCGUGGGGGUGCUGUCCCUGGGGGUGCUGAGUCUGGAGGUCCUGAGCCUGGGGGUACUGCGCCUGGGGGCGCUCUCUCUUCCCAGCAGCUGCGUGAGUGGUACUCUCGAUACUGUCGCCGCCUCCGAACUGCUACUGGAGCUGGAGCUGAGGGCGCUGUGCCUACUGGAGGUGGUGUUGCUGCUGACCCUGGGGUCGGCACUGGAGGUGCUGGAGCCACUGGUCCUGGAGGUGCUGCUGGUGUUGCUGGGGGUACUGGAGCUGCUGGUGCUACUGGAGGUUCUGGAGCUGCUGGUGGUGCUGCAGGAGUUGGAGCUGCUGCUGGAGGUUCUGGUGCUGUCUCUACUGGUUCUGGGGGCACUACACGGCCGCGACCGUACUUCGUUCCACUCCUCCAGCAGGUUCUUGGUCAGCCGCCUCCUCCUUGUCCUGCUCCCUCCUUAGAGUGUCCUCCGCGUGUCCAGUCGCAGUCACAGCUACCCCCUGCCUCGCCACUUCCUGGUCCUUCUCCCUACACUGGUCCGACAGGCGGUCUUACAGAGCGUCGUGAGCCUGAGUCUCGUCCUGUGUCGCCUGAGUCUCGUCCUGUGUCGCCUGUUCGUGCUGCUCGCACUGGUCGCCGUGCUCCGCGUGAGCGUCCUCCACCUGUUUCUGGCACACACUAUAUGACUCUGCGUCCUUCCACUGCUCCACUGCGUGUCCCUCUGUCGUCUCCUCCUGCGUCCUCUCUUCCUGACCUUGCUGACCCGGAGUCUGACCGGGUUCGUGCUGCCAGUCCUACUGUCACGCGUCUCCUGGCCACUGCUGUCACUGACCCUUCCUUUGAGUCUGCUGCUGCGUCUGCCCUAGUUGCCGAGCUUGUUGACUUUGCUGCUCGCUGUCGUCUAGACUACGCCGCGAGUCUUGUUGCUGAGUCUGAGUCUGUCUGUCCUCCGUCCGUCGGGGGUGAGUGUGCUCUAGGCACGGACGUCCUUGAGGACAGACAGGAGGACCUUGAGUGUCUUGUAGCCGCUGCGCCUCAUCUCGUGUCCAUGCUACUUGCCCCUGAGGGAGACCCGGAUGCUCCAGACAUCCCGACCCCGCGCUCUUACGCUGAGGCGAUCGCGGGUGAGUACUCCUCUCAGUGGCAGUCAGCCAUGGACGCAGAGAUGGCAUCCUGGAAGUCCACUGGCACUUACGUCGACGAGGUUCCCCCUCCUGGGGCGAACAUCGUCAGUGGCAUGUGGAUUUUCAGGGUGAAGCGGCCGCCAGGUUCUCCGCCUGUCUUCAAGGCUCGUUACUGUUAUAGUCACAAUAGCCUUGAAUGUGCCUAA